GAGAAGUUGGAGCCAGUGUUUUCAUGUGCUGUGCUGCGAGUGCUGCUGCGGGGAACUGUGAGGGGGUCAUGGGCGAGCUGGGAACCAGGAACAUGAAUACAGUGACCUAUAACGAUGUGCAUGUUGACUUCACUUGGGAAGAGUGGACUUUGCUGGAUCCUUCCCAGAAGAAUCUCUACAAAGAUGUGAUGCUGGAGACCUACAGGAACCUCACUACCAUAGGCAUGAAAGACGACAAACUGGAGAGAAACCUUCUAUAUGUACCCAAUGUGUUAACCUUUACAUAUGGCAGUAAUCUUCAAAGCCAUGAAAGAACACACAUUGAAGAGAAACCAUAUGAAUGUAAUCACUGUGGUAAAGCCUUUGCUCAUCAUAGUGUUCUUCAAAGGCAUACAAGAACACAUACUGGAGAGAAACCCUUUGAAUGUAAUCAAUGUGGUAAAGCCUUUGCUUAUCACUAUGGUCUUCAAAUACAUACCAGAACACAUACUGGAGAGAAACCCUAUGCAUGUAAUCAAUGUGCUAAAGCCUUUGUACAACAUAUUCAUCUCCAAAUACAUAAAAGAACACAUACUGGAGAAAAACCCUAUGAAUGUAAUCAAUGUGGUAAAACCUUUGCUCAUCCCAAUACUCUUCAAAGGCAUACAAGAACACAUACUGGAGAGAAACCAUAUGAAUGUAAUCAAUGCGAUAAAACCUUUGCAGGUCAUAAUGAACUUCAAAAGCAUAAAAGAACACACACUGGAGAGAAACCCUAUGAAUGUAAUCAGUGUGCUAAAGCUUUUACACGUCACGCUCAUCUCCGAAUACAUAAAAGAACACAUACUGGAGAGAAACCCUAUGAAUGUAAUCAAUGUGGUAAAGCCUUUGCCCUUCACAGCCAUCUCCAAAGCCAUGAAAGAACACAUACUGGAGAGAAACCAUAUGAAUGUAAUCAAUGUGGUAAAGCUUUUACACGACACUUUAAUCUUCAAAAGCAUAGAAGAACACAUAUUGGAGAGAAGCCCUAUGGAUGUAAUCAGUGUGGUAAAACCUUUGUUUGUAUCAGUAGUCUUCGAAAUCAUGAGAAAAAAACAUACUGUAGCGAAACCAAAUAAAUUUAAUCAAUGUGGUAAAGUUUUGCAUGUCAUACUG